AUGAACAUGAGCCUCAUAUUGAAGCCCAGGUCGCCGAUGGGGAAGUGCACAUGCACGAAAAUAGAUCUGAUCAAGCCACAACUUCAGACACUGCAGAGAAGAAUUGUGAAGAGGAUAAGGCGAAUGACAGCCAGAUGGGUGGUGAAGAGGGGGUGGGAAAAGAAGACGACAGCAAGCAGUGACGAUGACGAAGAACACAGUCUCACGACCGAUGAUUACGACAGCAAUACAAAGCUCUACUAUCAUCUCGCCGACGACCGAUCCUAUACAGAAAGCGAUUUCGGAGAUACCGACAGUCUAUUGAGUGUCUAUGGCUGGAGCGACAAUGAGGCAGAGACAUAA